AUCGGCGAGCGCCGUCACAUCUGGGGACUGUCAGAGAGCCCUCGAAAGGGUCUUACCCAGAUCCGCCAUGAGCAAGCGGAACCAGGUGUCGUACGUGAGGCCCGCCGAACCCGCCUUCCUGUCCCGCUUUAAGGAGCGAGUCGGGUACAGGGAAGGGCCCACCAUAGAGAGCAAGAGAAUCCAGCCUCAGCUCCCAGAUGAAGAUGCUGAUCACAGUGACCAAGAAGAUGAACGGCCCCAAGUGGUGGUUUUAAAAAAGGGAGACUUGACAGCUGAAGAAGUCAUGAAAAUUAAAGCAGAAAUAAAGGCUGCAAAAACAGAUGAAGAACCAGCUCCAGCUGAUGGAAGAAUCAUGUAUCGAAAACCAGUCAAGCGUCCCUCAGAUGAAAAAUAUUCAGGUUUAACAGCAAGCUCAAAAAAGAAGAUAACAAGUGAAGACAAAAUAAAUAAGCAGGACUUAGUUAAAAAGAACUCACAAAAGCAAAUAAAAAACACCAGCCUCCUUUCUUUUGACAAUGAAGAGGAAAACGAAUAAAGAAUCACCUCACAAGGCAUAAUCCCAGUGACUCGGGAGGCUGAGGCAGAAGGAUCACAAGUUCCAGGCCAGCCUCAGCAACUUAAGGAAACCCUAUCUCAAAAUGAAAAGUAAAAAUGGCUGGUGGUAUAGCUCAGUGGUAGAGUGCCCUGGGUUCAGUCCCCAGUAUCAAAAAAACUAUCACCUUUAAUCGCUUAUUCUUUGUUUCAUUUUUUACAUUUUGAACUUUAUCCCACCUGGAAUUAAAAUAGAUAUACUUUUUUUCUCUCCAGUAAUCAAUUAUUGUAGACCCAUGCCUGCUUCUCAUUUGAAAGGCCAUCUGAAUGAGAGGUUUUUCCAAAUGUUGGGAUAGGGAAAGAAGAGAAGCAUUGUAAAGCCUGCAGCUUUCCAGGUAAUUCCUCAAGCACCUGCUUAAUGCUAAUAAUUUUUGUCAUUACUAAAAGUCACCCAAAAUUGGGGGCUUAAGACCCCAUCUUCACCAGCCACAUCUGUCUGAAAUUAGGAAUUUCAGAGCAUCCUGUCAUGAAUUUGGUGCCAUAUCUGUCUCCUCCAUUUUAAGUAUCCAAAGACUACUCCAAAGCAGGGUGUGGGAGAAAGACUACUCACAGUUGACCUGUAGGUGGAAAGGGAGCCCUGAUAUAGGCUCUUUCUAAAUUAUUCAACUAGUCCUGAAGCCAUUCUGCAAUACUCUCUUUAAUGUAUACCCACUUGUUAUGUAAGCCAUGGUGUUUUGUUUUGUUUUUGUUUUUUUUCCUCUUUCUAUUUAUAUUAUUGUUCUAUUCUUGAACCAUAACUAUACUGGUUUAUCACCACUGUAUCCUCAGAACCCAGAAGAAUAUCUGGCAUAUUAGGUACACAUUAAAUAUAUUUAGAAUGAA